AUUCUUCAGUAUCAGAGCGCCCAAAUGUGAAUCUCCAAAGCUGAAUCUUUUCGUCGUUUUCCCGCCAAGCCAUUAACGAUGAAUGCAGAGGAAGCCGAAGCUCGAGAAAAUGGAGAAAAGUACGAGAAAGAGGCAAAGAUUUCAUCGCCGAGGGGAGUCUUGGAGAGCCGCCAGUUAUCGGUUUCUUCCGAUUUCGGUAGCGGAAGUUUCGGGUCGGAGGAGGAAACCGGCGCCGGCGGCCUGAGAGGGCAUAACUGGAACUGGAAAAACUGGUUUGAGCAGAUGAAGAAGAAGAAGAAGAGCGGGAAAAAGAAGGCGUUGGGUAGAAUUCGUAGUUCUGAGGAAACAAUACUCGAUUCUUGUGAUCUUUCAAUCCCAAAACCUUCUUGGAGAAGCUUCACCCUUGAGGAGCUAGCUCAGGCAACUGAUAAUUUUAGCCCUGAUAAGUUGAUUGGACAAGGGGGUCAUGCAGAGGUGUACAAGGGCUGCUUGGCGGAUGGCGAGGUUGUUGCAGUGAAAAGGAUAACGAAAAAGGACAAGAACGAUGAUGACAGAGUUGGGGAUUUCUUGUCUGAGCUGGGCAUCAUCGCCCAUAUCAAUCACCCGAACGCUGUAAAGUUAAUUGGCUUCAGUGCUGAUGGCGGCUUGCACCUCGUUCUCCAAUACCUUCCUCAUGGCAGCCUCGCUUCUGUCUUGCACGGUUCAGAAGAGAGUUUGGAGUGGAGGAUAAGGUUUAAAGUUGCUGUCGGGGUAGCAGAAGGUUUGCAGUACCUUCACUGGGAUUGCCAGAAGCGCAUAAUCCACAGAGACAUUACUGCCUCAAACAUAUUACUAACCGAGCAUUAUGAACCCCAGAUAUCGGAUUUUGGAUUGGCGAAAUGGCUCCCAGAGAAAUGGUCUCGCCAUGUAGUUUCGCCCAUAGAAGGCACUUUCGGAUAUUUGGCACCCGAAUACUUUAUGCACGGGGUUGUUGAUGAGAAGACUGAUGUCUUUGCCUUCGGGGUGCUGCUGCUGGAGCUCAUUACUGGGCGUCGUGCUGUUGAUUCAUCUAGACAAAGCCUCGUUAUUUGGGCGAAACCACUGCUGGAGAAAAACAACACGAAAGAGUUAGCAGAUCCUCGUCUUGGAGAUGCCUAUGAUGUUCCUGAAAUGAAACGCGCCAUGUUCACAGCCUCAACGUGCAUUCAUUGCCUCCCUAAAUUGCGGCCGAGCAUGAAGAGGGUUGUUCAGCUCCUGAAAGGCGAGAGCGAGGCUGUGGAUCUGAAACACAAGUCGACAGAAGGGCGAGCGCUGCUCCUGGGCUCCUUCGACUUGGAAGACUACACCUCCACAACGUACCUCAGAGACCUAAAUCGCCAUAUGCAGCUCGUUAUGGAGUGAUUAUAAUUUCUAAGUCCCAGUCUUGCUGGUUUUUCUCUUCAUUUAGCUCAGAUGUAUAUAUAUAUUAGCUCUAAAUUGAGUAUGGCACUGUUGCAGGCUUGCUGCUAAUCAUAUGCUCUGUAAGAACACAUAUUUUGCAGCCCAAAAUGGUGCAGUAAAAGGAGAAAUGCUCAUACUGCAUUUCGGUUUUGCAUA